GUUCUGCUUUGUUCUAUGCACUCAUUUUUGAAUUUUGGUGAGGUGAAAAUGUGAAAAAGGAAAAUGUUCAUAAUAUUUUGAUUUUAGCUAUUCAUUUCAACAAUAAUUUGAAAGAAGAUUAGCCCUUUUUGAAUUGGCUGUUUAAAAAUGUCUUUUCGAGGAAACAAUUCUAAUAAAAAAUUUGUCUUUAGAAAUAAGAAUAAAAGUAAUCCUAAAAGAAAAAUUUUAACUGAAGUGAGCGUUAUAGAUACUGAGCCGUCACAUGGUUAUUAUGGAUUCAAAAUUUAUUUUCCUGAUGAAGCCCUUAUCGAUGUGAGCAUUUUGCUGAUGGAAAUGAAAAUGUGUAGAAGGUUUAUCGACCAAAAUAAUGGAAUAUUUGAUUUCAACAUGAUACAAAAAACGAAAUGCUUUGUACUUGAUUAUAAGUUAUUGGUGGAGGAAGAAAUUUUCACCCACUGGUCGGAUUUUCAGACUGAACUGAUUAGCAAUACUGAAUAUAUUUUGAACUGCUUCGGCCUAGCCAUGCACCAGACAAUAUGCGAGGAUUUUAUUUCCAAAACUGAAGAUGAUUCAGAUGUAACAUUGGAAACUUUUCAUUCAAAUUUAGGGAAAAUACGGGCCAAAAUUAUAAACUAUGAACCAAUUUUGCAAUUGAAAGAUCUCAAAGUAAAUAUUUAUGAAAAACUCAGUAGUGUUCGGGGCACAGUGAUUAAAGCUAGUGGAACCAAAAUACAAUGUGAAUAUCUAGCUUUCUCUUGUAGUUCCUGUAAAGGAACACAGAUGGUAAAGCAGAAAGAUUCAAUGUUUACUUAUCCCUUGAAGUGUCUCACUAAAGGUUGCCAGUUUAAGAGUAAUUUCAUACCAUUGCACUCAUCUCCGCACACAAGAACCAUUAAUUGUCAAACUAUAAAAAUUCAAGAAUUGAUAGGGAAUGAUCAGUAUGAGAAUGGUCGUACUCCAAGGACACUUGAAUGUGGUUUAACAGAGGAUUUGGUGAAUUCAUGCAUGCCUGGAGAUGAUAUUACAAUAACAGGAAUAAUCAAAGUUAAAAAAGAAUCCAAUAUGAUUAAAAAUAAUCAACCAUCCCUUUUUACAAUGUGCAUGGAAGGACUUGCCGUUUCAAAUAAUAAGAAUAGAAAUCAGGGUAGCUAUGGUGCUUCUGAACGUAUAACUUUCCAUAUGGAAGAUUACUAUGCCAUUCAGAAAAUACAUGCCGAACCAAUGCUGUUCAGAUAUUUGGUUCAGUCAUUGUGCCCAAGUAUAUAUGGUCAUGAAAUCGUGAAGGCUGGUCUACUUCUUGCCCUUUUCGGUGGAACCAAUAGAAAUUCAGCAAGGGCGGAGUCUCACAUCAUGAUGAUUGGAGAUCCAGGUCUUGGAAAAUCUCAAAUGCUUCAAGCGUGCACAAAUGUUGCUCCUAGAGGGGUAUAUGUUUGCGGAAACACAAGUACCAGUUCGGGAUUGACUGUAACUUUAACUAGGGAAGGAGGGGGUGAUUAUUCAUUGGAAGCAGGUGCCCUCAUGUUAGCUGAUCAAGGCUGUUGUUGUAUUGAUGAGUUCGAUAAAAUGCGAAACCAGCAUUCUUCUCUACUGGAAGCUAUGGAACAACAGAGUAUAAGCAUUGCAAAGGCUGGAAUAACAUGUACCCUACCCUCCAGAACCACAAUUUUGGCGGCAGCUAAUCCGGCAGGAGGUCAUUAUAAUAAAGCUAAAACAGUUGCAGAAAAUCUCAAAAUAAGUGCUCCUAUGUUGUCCCGGUUUGAUCUUAUAUUCAUACUCUUGGACAAUCCUGAUGAGGAAAUAGACAUGUUGCUGUCUAGACAUAUUUUAGCAAUGCAUUCUAGCGCAAACAACAGCUCUAUGUUGAGAUCGAUUACUUGUAGGGAAACAUCAACCAGUGAACAGAGUUUGAGAACAAGGCUCCAAAUACAUCAGAAUGAAUCUAUUGAAUUUCUUCCACAUAAUUUAUUCAGAAAAUAUAUAGCCUAUGCUCAGAAAUACGUCAAUCCAGUUUUAUCAGAUGGUGCGAAAGAAGUGAUUAAGGAGUUUUAUUUGAGCCUUCGUAAAAGAUUUCAAACAGGGGAGAGCACACCAGUUACCACUAGGCAACUUCAAUCCUUGAUUCGUCUUACCCAAGCAAGAGCAAAACUUGAACUUAGAGAAGAAGCCACCACCCAAGAUGCAGAAGAUAUUGUAGAAAUAAUGAAAAGAAGUUUGAGUGACAUAUUCACUGAUGAAACUGGCUUAUUAAACACAACCCGAUCCCAAAACAGUACAGGAAUGAGCAGUAGAAAUAAAGCACUAAGAUUACUGACAGGUCUUCAGCAACUCUCUAAAACAACAUCGAAAUCUUUAUUUACCACAAGAGAAAUACAGGAACUGGGGGAAAAAAUUAGUAUACCCUCUGAAAAAUUCCAUAAUUUGUUACAAACUCUAAAUAUCCAAGGUUAUCUUUUAUACAAGGGCUCAGAUACCUAUCAAUUAUUAAGUGCCUAGGAGUUUAUUGAAAUAUAAUAAAUAGUUAUUUUUUAUUAAAUAAUCAUCUACUGUAAAUUACUCAAAAUAAAUUUUUUUAAAUA